ACUAUUAAUAUUCUUGUUCCGAUCCUCUUCAUAUAUAUAAUAUAUAAAUAGGGAAAAAAUUGAAAUCAAUCCACAUAUUAUAUUAUCAAUCUAUAUAUAUUAUAUAUAGAUGUAUAUAUAUUUACAUUUAUAUAAAUUUAUGUGACAUAUAAGUGGUAGAUUCUAAAAGAAUAUCGAGAUUUAUAAUUAAUAUUAAAUGGCUCAUCCAGCAACUUUGCCUCUUCUUCCCAUUAACAUUCCUACAGGGCAAAGCAACAUAGAGGAUAGUGAUGAAGAAUUAUUUAUGGUGCCGGAUAUGGAAGUUGGAUCAGAAGAGAAAGUAAAGAUGAUAGAUAAUACUCAAGAAAGCUUGCAAAGCUCCAAAAAUAACAACAAUGGUAAUUUUGGCGAUGAAGAAGGUCCUCCUAAGCGUCGAAGAGGACGUAAUCCUGUUGAUAAGGAGUACAGAAGAAUCAAGAGGUUGUUAAGGAAUAGGGUAUCAGCACAACAAGCACGUGAGAGGAAAAAGGUGUAUAUGAAUGAUUUAGAAUCAAGAGCCAAAGAACUUCAAGAGAUGAACUUCAAAUUAGAGGAAAAAAUUUCUACACUUACCAAUGAGAACACAAUGCUUCGCAAGAUACUGAUGAAUACCAGACCAAAAACUGACGACAGUGAAGAGCCCAACUGCCCAAGUGUGCAUAAAUAACUCAAAACUUGAUAUUUGGCAUUUUAAUUCUUCUUAUUUGCAAUUAAAAAAAUAAUAGAUGCUUCAAAUAUGAUAAAUGUAUGGAGUAAUAGUAAAACUGAAAAAAGUAAUUAGGAUUAUCUUCUAGUCUUACAAGACUGACUGUACUUACGAUUAUAUUUAAAGAAUUCAAGUACACUAAUUUACUAUCCCUUAAAUUGAGAUCAAGAGAAUUUCUUCUUCUUUCAAUGGGAAUAACUAUAAAUACAACUUCUUUAGUAUGUAAUCGUAUUAUCAUCAGACGAAUCU